AUGGCUUCAUCGGUGGAGAGAACAAAUGAUCUGGUGCGAGAAUAUCUGAUCUAUCGAGGUUUCACCAGCACACUUAAACAUCUGGACUCAGAAAUCAAAGUGGACAAGAAGAAGGGCUUCAGAGUUGAUAAAAUCAUUGAUCAGCUUCAGCAGUUAAUUCAGAAUUAUGAUCUGACAGGACUGAAGGAUUACUGGGGUUAUCUGGAAGGCAGACUGUUCUCCAGACUAGAGGACAUUUACAGACCAACCGUCAACAAACUGUGGACCAGUCUGUACAGACUUUACAUCAUACACACUGAUUACCUGAAGAAUCCAGAGAAGACACAGGAGUUUUUCCAGAAACAGGCUCUGGAGCUUCAGGGUCAGGUGGAGUGGCAUGAUUGGUUCGUGCUGCCGUUUGUUCCCGUGCCAGAGCAGAAUCCCAAUUUCUUGCCGUACUUCUCCCGUCAGUGGGCCGACACCUUCCUCGUGUCUCUACACAACUUCCUCAGUGUGCUCUUCCAGUGCAUGCAUAUCCAAACACUGCUGUUACCCAGACACCAUAUAUGUUUACUGUAA